CAAAGCUGCUUCAAGUGACCAGAUCCACAGCUCUGCGUCUGCAUCUGCAUUGCAUGGCAUUGCUCGAGAGGACAAGGCUGAGCUGAGCACUGUAAUUGUGCGCCUUGACAAUACCUGACUGAAGUACACAGUACAGUACCUACCUUGCCCUCUCCGCGCCGCCUCGUCUGUCGUUUCGUGCCUGGCACAGCAUCACCAUCCAUCGCCAUCAACACGGGCAGUCACCACAGCACCCGUCACGCGCGAGAGACUCACUUGUGCUGACGGCACGUCUACUCACUCCCUCACUCACCCACUCACUCGCUCGCCCGCAUCAAGUAUCCGUCCAGCUGGCUUCGUUCGCCAUAGACUACAUGCUCGAGACUGUGCUUCCACCUGCAGCAGACUUGUAUUUCAAGUCUUCAUUCUCACCUCGUCCUCCACGCAAACGUGGCAAGAAGUGAGGCCUACGGUGGCAGGGAAAGAGAUAGCAACAGAAGAAUACCUUGCACGAACAGCACUACUGGGUGCUAUCACACAUACACGCACGCCCGCACGCACGCACGCGAGCUCACUAUGGCCACGGCCGUAGCGACUCAGACCGAGACGCUCGUCGCAAGGCCGAAAGAGAAGCACAAGACGACUCUCCACGACCUGUCCGAAGAGCUCGUCGGCCUCGUCAUUGAGCGAGUGAUUCGUCCCUCCGAUCUGAAGAAUGUAUGUCGCGUAUCCAAGCAGUUUCACAAACUCGCCGUGCGCUUCCUCUAUCGUAAUGUGUCUCUCGAUCUGGGAAGUGACAAUGACAAUCGGCUCUCAUCUUUCCUGAAUCCGCGCAAUAUUGGUCUCAAGCACAUUCGACAGCUCAGGCUAUAUCUCGCUGAAUCGACAGACCGGUGUAAUCAAGAGCGACAGGCACAAUUUGCAACUCGUAUGAUCUUGGAGUUUCUGCCCGAGGACAUUCUCGAGGAAUUCAGCUGGUGCCCUUGGAAGACAUUUUCUGCCGAAACACUACUACUCCUCUACAAGCGUCAGCGCAAGAUGAAAUGGCUCGAAGUUAUGGACCUAGAUCGGGACAUUUUGCCGGAGCUGAAAAAGGCUGUCAAGACAACGACUACCAUGUUUGAGAGUACAAGGAAGCUGGCACUCUAUCCAGAGAAUCGAGCCACCCUCAACUUGAGCGGUUUCUUCCUGGAACAUUGCAAAGACAAGGUGGAAGAGCUGAUUGUGCAUUGCAACUUCAGCGACCAGGGAAGCCCAGAUGUACCCAAUAAUCGUGAGCUCAAUGACUCUGCAACAUCCCCGGGGUUGCUGAGCAGGUCGCUAUUUGCCAGUAUGGUGCCUUUCGAGAGGUGUGAGCCUCUGAAGAGCCUGACGAGUCUGCGCUUACACCGCAUCAAUCUACGGCAUUGCGCCGAUACGUGGUGCCGAGCCCUCAGCUUCCACCAGCUCGAACACUUGAGACUCUACCACUGUCCUGGAGCAGAUACCCUGCUUGGCCAGCUUUCCAAGUCGACACAUUUGCCAAAGACGCUGAAAGUGCUCGAACUACAGCAUCGCGACAACUCCGACAGCGAAACUCUUCUCGCCCUUGACGGCUUUCUCUGCCUCGUCUCCGGCCUACACGAUAUCGUGAUCGAUUUGGAGAAUGCAAAGGCCCUUCCUGCUGCAGCUGGUAUUGUUCGGCACAGCAAGACUCUCGAGCUUCUGAGCGUGCAUUGUGCUGGUUCUGCCAGCCAUGCCCCCACGUCCAUGAACGCGGACACGGAAAACGAGGAAUUGGUCUGGGAUGCUGAAGAUGUGGAGAAAAUAUGCCAAGCAUGCAAAGGCCUUGAGCAACUCUCUUGUGCGUGGCCGCCUACCAGCCUGAUCCGCAGCCCAAGUAGCGAAUGGAGACGGUUCGAGACUUGUAUCCUAGAACUCAGGAAUAUGGUUACAUUGCAUAUCACCACCUGGCCGAACAACAAACCAAGCACACAGCUCCUGCCAAGGGUGGUGUACCAAAGCUUGAUUCGGGAAUUGGCGCAAAGAGUCUUCGAGAAGGCAGUGAGUGGAAAGAGGAACCCUUCAGUCUCUAGCGGCGCAGACGAGGGAGACGGUACAGCAGAAGGCACGGUAUAUGGUCCGUCCGACACAGAACGACCUUCCAGACUCAAACUCAUCGCAUUCGGCAAUUCGGAUAAGAUUUACGAACGCGAGGACUCCCAAAAUCAGAUCAUCUACUUGAACUCGACGGCGAUAGAUGCCGAAGGCAGGUCCGUCCCGCAUGCUGUUGCCAUAGGGUGGUGUUUGCGGCAGUACGUUGAGCCGAGGAGUGAAGUGCUAGAUUUUGUGCUGCACGACUACAAUCCUCCAGUCAGUGACUUCCACGCAGGAACAGGAAGAGUGAGGCACCCUCCUCCGGGUUGGGACGAUGAGGAUGACAUCUAAAUUGUGAGUUUUCGAUUCUGGUCCAUGGGGUGCAGAUAUGAUGAUGCUCAUAUCUAUGAGCUCACAGAAGGAGUGAACAGACUGCUACAAGUAAAACAGAACAGAACAGAAUGUCAAUGUUAUGCAGAGGUGCUAGAGCCGAAUCGGCCAAGAUUCAUCAUUGUAGAUAUGAACCGCCAAUAAUACAGCGGGAAUCAGACUUGCACAAUCACCUUGAUCUGACUAUGUAUGCAGGGGCGGUCAUAAACUGACUGAUAUGGCUGGCCCAGAUGUACAUGUAUGUAUGUAUGUAUGUUUUCACAAAAUAGAACAAUGAAGCCUGUGUACCUAUAUAUGUAUGAAUCAGAAGAAAAAGGUCAGAAAG